ACCCGACUCAAGAACAGUCACACACACUCUCUCUUUCUCUCUCUCUCUCUCUCUCACUCACCUAAAAUUGUCAUUUGAACUCCAAUAAGGAAGAGCAUACUCCCAUUAGCAAUGGGAGUCAUGAACACGAGGAAAUAUUCACUUUUGUUGAUUAUGGUAAUGUGUUGUUGGGCUUCCAUGACUGAAGCUGAGUACUUCAAAUACAAAGAUCCAAAACAACCGAUCGGUAUUCGGAUAAAAGAUUUAAUGAAAAGGAUGACAUUAGAGGAAAAGAUUGGUCAAAUGACUCAAAUUGAUAGAACAGUUGCAUCCAAUGAGGUCAUCAAGAAGUACAUGAUGGGGAGUGUUUUGAGUGGAGGAGGGAGCGUUCCAGCCAAACAUGCGUCCCCGGAAACAUGGGUUGACAUGGUCAACGAUUUCCAAAAGGGUGCGUUAUCGACCCGAUUGGGGAUACCGUUGAUCUAUGGGAUUGAUGCUGUCCAUGGUCAUAAUAAUGUUUACAAAGCUACAAUCUUUCCCCAUAAUGUUGGUCUUGGAGUUACCAGGGAUCCUGCUCUGGUUAAGAAGAUUGGAGCUGCAACUGCACUUGAAGUUAGAGCCACUGGCAUACAAUAUGCUUUUGCACCUUGUAUUGCAGUAUGUAGAGAUCCGAGAUGGGGUCGUUGCUUCGAGAGUUAUAGUGAAGAUCCCAAGAUUGUUAAGUUAAUGACUGAGAUUAUACCAGGUUUACAAGGAGACAUUCCUGCUGGAUCAAGAAAGGGUGUACCAUUUGUUGGUGGACAAGAUAAGAUUGCAGCAUGUGCUAAGCAUUAUCUGGGAGAUGGGGGGACCCACUUGGGCAUAAACGAGGGCAAUACGAUCAUCGACGCCAAAGGGUUAUUCAGCAUACACAUGCCAGCAUACUAUGAUGCUGUCAUCAAGGGCGUUGCUACGAUUAUGACCUCGUAUUCCAGUUGGAAUGGCGUGAAAAUGCACGCCAACCGCUAUCUUGUCACUGAUUUCCUCAAAAACAAGCUCAAUUUCAGGGGGUUUGUUAUAUCAGACUGGCAAGGGAUUGACAGGAUCACUACUCCCGAACAUGCGAACUAUACAUAUUCAAUCAUAGCUGGGAUGAAUACUGGCAUUGAUAUGUUCAUGGUUCCAUACAAUUACACCGAGUUCAUCGAUGGACUAACUUACCUAGUCAAGAACAAGUUCAUAUCCAUGAGCCGUGUAGAUGAUGCGGUUAAGAGGAUUCUAAGGGUCAAGUUCACCAUGGGUCUGUUUGAAAACCCGUUGGCUGAUUACAGCAUGACUAAGUACCUCGGAAGCCAGGAGCACAGAGAUCUGGCUAGGGAAGCUGUAAGAAAAACACUUGUGUUAUUGAAAAACGGUAAAUCUUCAAAGAAGCCAUUGUUACCACUUCCUAAAAAAGCCUCCAAGAUACUAGUUGCAGGGGCUCAUGCUGAUAAUCUUGGUUACCAAUGCGGUGGAUGGACAAUUGAGUGGCAAGGACUUUCAGGAGAUAUUACUGAUGGAACCACAAUCUUAUCUGCUGUGAAAAAGGCCGUUGACCCGAAAACUCAAGUGGUCUACAAUGAGAACCCCAGUGAGAAUUUUGUCAAGUCUGCCAAAUUCGACUAUGCGAUUGUGGUUGUGGGAGAGCACCCAUAUGCUGAGACAUUUGGAGACAGCCUGAAUCUAACAAUCCCAGAGCCUGGACCAAGCACCAUCAAGAAUGUUUGCGGUUCUGUGAAAUGUGUGGUGGUGUUGAUCAGUGGCCGGCCUGUGGUCAUGCAGCCAUAUGUUAAUACCAUAGACGCUCUUGUGGCCGCUUGGCUUCCAGGAACCGAGGGUCAAGGUGUUACAGAUGUUCUGUUUGGUGACUAUGGUUUUACAGGCAAGCUUGCACAUACUUGGUUCAAGUCUGUUGAUCAGCUCCCAAUGAACGUUGGGGACCAGCAUUAUGACCCGUUGUACCCAUUUGGGUUUGGGCUCACUACCAAGCCUGCGAAGAAUUUGUGAAGCUGAUGAGUGUGUUGACUUGUGAGUGAUUUUUAUUAAUGUUAUAUGAAUAAAGCAAUUGAAUCAAUAUCUUUCCA